GGCGCGGGGACCUGAGACCUCGGGAUCCGCGGUGUCCGCGCUCGCGGGGCGGCCUGGGAAAGUCAGCAGUCAGCAGCGCAGUGGCGGGAACCGCAGCCCGGCGGCCCUGGAAGCUCCCAGACAGGUUAUCUUUGUGUAGCUCUGGCUGUAUUGGAACUGAUUCUGUAAACCCGUCUGGCCUCAAACUCACAGACAUCCCGCUGCCCGCGUCUGCAUAGUUCUUAAAGGUGUGCAUCACCACUAGCAGCCUUUAAACAACUCAGAUGGUGGAUGCAUGUACUGAAGUAAGCUGGAGGCUGGGCUCACUGAUCACCCAGACCUGCUCACCUGUGCAGCAGAACAGGGGGACCUGGAAGGACAGAGGUAACAGAAGCUUAGGAUACAGGCAAUUGUACCAGAAAGAGAAACUCAAAGAAGCAAAACAGUAAGAAAUGGCUAAUUCUCCAGUAAAUAUGUCACAGGGUGUGUUGACAUUCAGGGAUGUAGCAGUGGACUUCUCCCAGGAGGAGUGGGAAUGCCUCGACUCUGGUCAGAGGGCUUUGUGCAUUGAUGUGAUGUUGGAGAAUUACAGCAACCUGGACUUUGUGGAGAACUAUCGAAAAUGUGAUCCUGUCCAUCAGCAUGUGAAGACUGAAAAGGAGUCUUGUCAGUGUAAUGAGCUUGGCAAAGUGCUUCAUGACCCCUCCACAUGUGCACUUUAUAGAACAAGUGAAACUACAGAAAACUCCAAUAACUACACAUGCAGUAAUCACAGCGAUGCCUCUGUUGACUCAUCAAACCCAGACAGACAUGAAAGCAUGCACACUGGAGAAGAACCUUGCCUAUCUGAAGAUUGUGAGAAAUCUUUAAAUUUGAGUUCCAACUUAAUUCAAGAUCAGAGCCUCUGCACUGCAGAGAAAUAUCACAGGCAGGAAGAAGGUGAUAACACUUUGAGCUCUGCAUCCAGGUUUUUGCAGGAGCCAAUCUAUGUUGAAGAAUAUCCACAUCAGUGUGGGAAAUGCAAGAAAUGUUUCAGGACUGACUCUUACCUCACUGAUCAUGAGAGAAUUCAUACUGGAAAUAAACCCGGCCACAGCAACAUUAGUGAGAAACCCUUCAACCAGCAUUCCAGUUGUAAAAUACACCAAAGACUUCAUAUUCUGGAGAAACCUUAUAUAUGUAUGGAAUGGGACAUGUCCUUCACUUGGAAUUCACAAUUUAGAAGACAUAAGAGGGUGCAUACUGGAGAGAGACCUUACAGUUGCAUGCAAUGUGACAAAUCCUAUACCUCUCGCUCACAUCUUAGAAGACAUCAUAAAGUUCAUACUAAAGAGACACCUUACAAAUGUCUGGAAUGUGACAAGUCCUUUAUCUGGGAUUCAGAUCUUAUUAGACAUCAGAGAGUUCAUACUGGGGGAAAACCUUACAAAUGUAUGGAAUGUAACGUCUCCUUUACCUGGAAUGCAGAACUUAGAAGACAUCAGAGAGUUCACACUGGAGAGAGACCUUACAAAUGCAAAGAAUGUGAUAAGUCCUUUACCCAGAACUCACAACUUAGAGCACAUGAGAGAGUUCAUACUGGAGAGAGACCUUAUAAAUGUAUGGAAUGUGACAAGUCCUUUAACUGGAAUUCAGAACUUAGAAGACAUCAGAUAGUUCACACUGGAGAGAGACCUUACAAAUGCAUACAAUGUGACAAGUCCUUUAAGGAGCACUCAAAACUUAGAACACAUGAAAGAGUUCAUACAGGGGAAAAACCUUACAAAUGUAUGCAAUGUGACAAAUCCUUUAGCUGGAGCUCAUAUCUUAGAAAACAUCAGAGUGUUCAUACUGGAGAGAGACCUUACAAAUGCAAAGAAUGUGACAAGUCCUUUACCCGGAGUUCACAACUGAGAAUACAUGAGAGAGUUCAUACUGGAGAGAGACCUUACAAAUGCAAAGAAUGUGACAAGUCCUUUACCCGGAGUUCACAACUGAGAAUACAUGAGAGAGUUCAUACUGGAGAGAGACCUUACAAAUGCAAAGAAUGUGACAAGUCCUUUACCCACAAGACACAAUUUAGAAUACAUGAGCGUCUUCAUACUGGAGAGAGACCUUACAAAUGUAUGCAAUGUGACAAGUCCUUUAACUGGAAUUCAGAACUUAGAAGACAUCAGAGAGUUCACACUGGAGAGAGACCUUACAGUUGUAAGGAAUGUGACAAAUCUUUUUCUAAGUGCUCGACUCUCAGAGAGCAUCAGAAAAUUCACACUGGAGAGAGUCUUUACAAAUGCAAACAAUGUGACAUGUCCUUUAUCAAGAACUCAAAACUUAGAACACAUGAAAGAGUUCAUACAGGGAAAAAAACCCUACAAAUGUAUGCAAUGUGACAAAUUCUUUCCUUGCAAUUCAGGUCUUAGGAAUCAUCAGAGAGUUCAUACAGUUCAUGUUUGGAAUGUGACAUGUCCUUUACCCUGGAGUCACAUUUUAUAAGACAUCAGACAGUCCAUACUGGAGAGAUACCUUGGAGUUGUCAGUAAUGUGUCAAACCUUUCAUUAGAUGCAAACAUAUUAGAACACAUCAGAAUAUUAUUACUGGAAAGAAGAUUUACAAAUAGCAAAACUGACAUAAUCUUUAUCCAUAUUGUAAGUCUUAAAAGAUGGAGAGAAAAAUCCCAUUGCAAAUACAGUGACAUGCCAUUUUCUGGUAUUCCCAGCUUACAAAUACAACUGUAUACAUAAUAGAAACAUAAAGAUAAGAAACUUAUGAAAACCUUUUUUUGAAGUUAUAUCUUAGAAAAUAUCACAGGGUUUAUGCCAAAUUAAAAUUCUCUCAAUGUUACUGCAGUAAAAUCUUAUGUGUCUUACUAUGUAUGUGUGUUUUGCUUGCUUGUUUUACUGUGCACUGCAUGAAUUCCUGCUUCAGGUGGAGGCCAGAAUCCCCAAAGCUUGAGUUUCAGGCAAAUGUGAGUUGCUGUGUUUGUUGGCAAACAAAUCCAUGUCCUCUGAAACAGCAACCUGUGUUCUUAACCACUAAGUGAUAUCUCCAACCCUGGGAAAAGCUGUGAAAAAAACGUUUAUCUUUGUCCUAACAGUGCCAGGCAUGGUAGUGUAAGCCUUUAAGGCCUUUGUGAUGGACCGAGUGAGUUCCAAGACAACAACGAUUGCAUUAAUCCUGUCUCCAAACAAAAGAAAUCACAAUGCAGACAAAAUUAAUUUUGUCUCUAAUUUAUCUGUGUAUCUCAAAAGUCAUGCUUCUGAAAAUAUACUCUUGUAAUUGCCAUCUUCUUGUUCAUUGGAAAGAUAGGCCAAGAAGAAGAAGGAAAUAUCAAAAGUAGGCCAGGUCCAUAUAAAAGGGAAAUUUGUGAAUGUGCACAGGUAGUGAGUGCUCUUGGUGGUUGCAGCUAUGGGCAUAUCCUAUCAGAACCCCAAGGGCAGGACAGUAUAGACGCCUGAAUACAAACAUCUGCCCAGGGACUUAUUUCCCUUGCUGGUGGGAUGUUGGAAGUAGGGAGGGGUAACUAGGGGCAGGCGGCACAGAGGAGGUUGACAUUGGUUGGGCAUCCAGAGCAGCUGGGGAUUUGAGUUUCUUCCUGAGAAGCAAGCCUGCUUUGGCUUUCAAGGAGCCUAGGAAGGGACCUCCCACAGACUCAUUGCUCUGCACUGCUCCAGCUCUUCCUGCCUGGCCAUGGGUGUCUUCAAUAAGGCUGCCGCACAUACCCCUACUACUGAGUGUACCCUCAGUAGUUUUGUGUUUUCUGGAGGGGAGAGCAUGUCUCCUGCUCCCAGCAUUCCCUGGUUGUCUACGGCUCUCUGUGUGGGGUUGGGCCCUGGUGGUCUUUUUCCCAUCCACUGGUGAUGUCCUUUGUAGUUGUCAUUGCUUUGUUUCCAAUAUGUGUGAAAGGUGGUGAGAUUAUUGAAAUAAAGAUUCUGGCAUUAUUAGGUAUGAUGGCUUCUCUAGGUGUUCAACUUGACAUUAUCUGCAAAAGCUAAAAUUCAGAAAUGGACAAACACCUGUGAGAGAUUAUUUCUACUUUGUUAAAGGGGCUGAAUGCACUUGCAGUCCAGACACUCCUUUUAAAAUGUUCUUUAGGCUGGAAGUAACAUCAGUCACAUAAGCCACACCUUCACCUGGAAUCCACUAUGAAGACAGACAAGAAUAAAGCCUUGGACUAAU